AGCAGUGAUGGACAGAUCUCAACUAUGCCUGGAUUGUGUUUUUGUUUAAAAUUUAAUUUAUGUUUAAAGAUAUUUGGGUGUUUUGACUCUUAAUUUUGGACAUUUAACAAGUGUGAAUAUAGAUAAUUGUCUGAAGCACUGGAUUUUUUUCUGAACAUUUAUUGAUUAAUGGUUGUGAACAUUGUCAGUAGCCUAUGGGUAGAAAACUCUUGAUAUGGAAAUCAUUUUAGAUAAAUAGAAUGAAAUUAUUUAUAACCAACGGCUGGAUGCCUUUUGUAAAGUUUCUAUGUAAGAGCUUUGCGCCUUGCAUUUUUAUUUAGAAAAUUAAUUGAACAGUGAAUUAAAAAAUGAAUUGAAUAUCAAAUUAUUUUCAACAAUGAAUAGAAAUCUGUGUGAAUGUAGUCUCCACGAAGAGCACAAGUGAAUGUGGGUUGAUCAGGUUUCUUUGUGUAAAUUAUUAAUACAUUUGUACAAAAGUAUCAACAUGUCUGAAAGGUGAUAUAUAGGGGAAAAUUGGCUGCUUUUUGUUUGCCUUGACAUGUUUUGUGAAACAAAAAUCUGGAAAAUAAACGCUGGCGCAGUAUGGACCUGGCUGAUUUGAAUUGCCUUCUUCGUUACCACACAAAAUACAAGAAGUGGUGUUGAUAUAAGAAAAAGAAUAUUUACCCUUGAGUCUAGGUUUUCAUCAUGAAACGAAUGGAAGAUAUUUAUUAAUCAAUUUAAGUUCUUUAUUAUGUAUUGCACUUGAAUUAUUAAUGAAUUAAGAAAAAAAGAUAUUGAAUUUGAUGUUAUUUUUAUAGGAUUUUAUGACAGAUUAAUGGAAAACACACAUUUUAUGUCAGUUUGAGUCAUAAUACCCCAGCAACUGCUGAAUGUGCUAAAAAGAUAUAUGUGCAAAUGUGUUUGGAAGGUCAUCAAUAGAAAUACCUUGCGAGGAAUGCAGUUAAGGAAUUAUAUUCACGGAGGAGUUUCUAUCAAAUAACAACAAUAUUUGUUUUUUAAACUUAUUUUGGAUGUUUUUUGUGGACCAUUUCUAAAUGUUAAAAAUAGAAAUAAUAAACAGUAGUAAAUUGUACUAAAUGAGUCGUAGGAAUAGCAAGGAUGUGUCUGCCAAGAUGGCGCUGUCACAUCGGGACCGCCGGCAGUCUGUUGCAUCUCAGUAUGGCAAAGACAAGUUGAAGAACCGAAAACGUGAUGGUACUCCUGAGAAGGCUGGCACCCCGUCCCAGGAUGCCAUGCAGGACGAGACGCAGACAUCACAGAGGAAUGUGAUAUGGAACGAGGAGAUUGAACGACUUCAGAUACGCGAGGAUGAGCUUGCUAAGGUCCGCCAGCCUGCGCCCCCAGAGACGGACAGGAAGUCACCCAGCACAGAGAAGAUUGCCGUCCGCAAAAUGAAGCCACCAGAGAUACUCAACAAACCUAAGCCACAUCAGGUGACAGUGGCUAAACCAGCCCCACCAGAUGCGGAUGUAAAGCCUAUGAACUACUCUGGAUUUGCGGGCCCCCGUUAUGAUGACGACGGGAAUGUGAUCGCCUACAGUAUCCUGGGCAACUAUGGGGAGUUCCAGCAGGAGGCAAUACGCCGUGGAGACCUGAUGGACAUCCCAGCCACGUCGCAUGAUGAGAUGUCACAGGUUCCGACCCUGAAGUAUGAGAAGAAACGUAGACGUCAGUACAGUGACCAGUGGGGACGGGACAUGGAGAGUAAUGCCCUACACAACUGGCAGCUCAAGAUGCUGGAGAGGAAGAGACAGCAGGGAUACAUCUCUAAGUUGCUACAGAAGCCCCCACAGGACCUGGCCAUGAACCAGGCGGACAACUACCGCCGGAUCCAGGAGGACAGAUAUAUUGUAGAACGCACCAUCCCUGCCGUCGACUAUGGCAAAGGAUUCCGUGUGGGGAGUGAGUUCUGGAAGCAGCAGGAAUGUUUCGGAGACGAUCUCACUGGAGUACAUGUGAACCCACCUUGGAGACACAACUACAUGUCGGAGCGGAGUAUGACAUUGACCCAGACGGAGAAGGGUUACCCACCCCCAAUAGAGCACAUCGGCAUUCCACCCGCCAUCAGGGAGGAGAAAGUUUUACAAGUCAGAGAGCACACAGGAUGGAACUGGGCUCCAACCCACACACGGCCGAUGCACUACCCCUGGCACAAGGCACCCUACCUGGAACAGAGGAAGAAACAACUGAAGCCGUAUGAGGAGGAGCUCGACCCUCACAAACCUAACUUUGAGGGUCUUGAAGUUGUUGGGUCUAGCCAGCCAUACGAAGGGCGGGGCACAGUGGCGGAGGAGAGAUCUGCGAGUGAGUCGGCCAUGUUGCUGGACCUGGAGAGGGCUCCACAGACUGAGAUGGAUGGCGAUGAGGAGGAUGAACAGGAAUUCACUGGUGAGCCUCGGGCAGACAGCAACCCAUCCCCUGUGUUUGGCCCGUCUAUCCAGUUUGCGGGUCAGGCUGCGAGGUGGACGGGGGACAGCUACUCGUUCCAGGACCAGGUCGGGAUUGAGGCACGUGUCAAUUUUGAGACCCUGUCUGGUGAUCGCGUCACCAGCUACCUAACCAUCAUCAACAAUGGAACAACAUCCAUAUACUAUGACUGGAAGAAACGUCCCAAAGACAAUCCCUUUGACCUGAACCAGACGAGCGUGCAGCGAUUCUACUUCAACAACAGCAGUGGAGUGAUUCUGCCAGGGGAGACCAUGAAGUUCCCUUUUGUGUUCAAGUCCCCAAAUGCGGGCGUUUUCCAGGAGCAGUGGCAGUUCGAGACCCGGCCAGUGGUGUGUGGGGGAGCAGCAUUGAUUGUCACGUUGCGAGGGAUCGCCUUUGCUGAGGACAAGUACAAGGACCAGAGACUGAAACUUGAGUCUGAGCUGCGGGGUAAGGAGGCGGGCCAGAUGAUGCGCCAUAUCCUGGAGGAGAUUAUCGGGGGAAUGCAGACCCCGGACCGACCCUCCAGUCCCAUAGACGCCUACAUCACCGAGGAGGAAAUAUUCAUGAGGAACAACCCCAAGAUGUAUUACCACCACGAUGCUGUGCAGGAACUUAAACAGAUGUAUGUGGACCUUGCCCCACCGGAAGAACAAGAGGGGAGGGUAUGGGGCCUCUCCGUGGACGACCUGAAGGAUGACAUCUUACUGCUGGAUGACGAGGAUGAGAGGCAGGAGGCCUUCCUACACCAGCUGAACGCCUGUGUGUCCAGAUUGUCCUUUACACCUCAGAGACCAAAACAGAAACAACUGUAUAAAGCGGGGUACCAGUGUCUGUUGGAAGCAGUUGAUGAGAUGGUAAACCAGUCUAUCGUUCUCCGCGCUGUCAUGGGGCUCCCGGAACGUGAUAUGGACGAGUUCAUAGAAGAUACAAGCGGGAAUGAGUCCUCUGAUGAAGAGUCGAAUAAGGAAUCCCGAUCUACGCGUCGUGUGUCCCGCACUCCCUCCAAAACCCCGAACACUAGGUUACCAAGUGAAGACAGUACCCUGAGUGAUGCCAAGGGCCGUAAGAGUGGGACAGGAGAUAAAAGCACCGCCAAAGCCCCAGACAAGAAGGCCCCCACACCAGCAAAGGAUAAAGACAAGUCUGGCAAAAUGUCCAAGGAGUCCACAAAGGCCGACAUGAAGUCUGGUAAACUGUCAGCCACGCCCGCUCCCCGUGCUGCACCGCCCAGCAGAGGAAAGACGGGAAUGAGUGUUGGAGAGCGGGACCAGACCUUGUCCCCGACCAGUGGGGCCCAUUCUGCUCUUGCACACGAGGAUCCUCUCAUAGACAAGAAAUACAAGGAAAAGAUUAUGGCUCAGACAUACUCUAUAGUUGGAGAUGCAAUAGACAAGAUGGAGACGGUGUUUGCAGAAAUCCUUCGCAAUGAUGACACAAGACCUCCACUGUUACCAUAGCACACUCUGACCUUUACCUUGCCAACUGUGAUAUAUCCAUUAUACGUCAUUAUUAUGUGCAACAUUCAUGGGUAUACAUGUAUGGACUAUAGUUAUUUGAUCUUUAUUGCCUAAGUUAUUAUAAUAAAUUAAUAGCAAUUGUUGAUGUUAAAUAUAAAUGGUUUGAUAAUAUUGCACAGUAGUUUCCAAAAUAGUUCACAAUUGUAAGCUAUUCGAUUAAACUUUCAAAAUUAAUCUGAUAUAUUGAAAAGAUAUGAAGCUCAUAUCAACAUAGCUUUACCUACAUUACAUCAUGAUUUGGUCCAUUCAACAUGUUUUGUUAAGAAAUAAAUUUUGAAUUACU